ACAACGGGUUAUAAAACUAAUGUUUUCACUGCAAUAUGGUUAGUUCUAUUCUGCCACUUAUCUGUUCUGUACCAUUCUACAAUCCCCAGAUGCCCUACAGUGAAGUGCAAAAUCCGCACAGAAUGAAGGCUUUACUUAUCCUGAGCCUUCUUAUGUACUGUGAAGCUAAACCCCAAAAGGCCCCAUCAGACUCUAACAACAACAACAAGGACCUAUCAGGAUCCUGCUCUGCUGCUAGGGACCUAGGAGUCAACCUGGAAAUCUUCCCUAAACAUGUGGCACACAACCUGCACUCUAUCACCCUGCAGGACAUUCAGUUCUUCUUUGAACCUAACUUUCCCGAGGACAAUGACAUUCCUACUGUGAACCAAAACCUGACCUCGGACCAGGAGAUUUUGUGGCAGGCGCCUUCCAGAUCAUCUGUGUACAAGUUCCCAUCCGGCGCUGCCUUUGAUUUCAUUCUCAUGAACAGCGACAAUGUUGACUCUUUGAUGGAGAAAAGUACCUCCAGCUUGGAGAAGAUGUCCCAUGCUAUACACAUGCAAGAAAUGUGGUACAAGGUCUCUCUACGGUACAAGAAGCUUGAGAACACCGAGAUCGAUCUAGACCAGGUGUGUCCCUGUCUUGUGGAUGAAAAAUCAAAUGAAAUAAUCAACAGACUUCAAGAUAUUGCAAUUGACUUGAGGAAGGACAAAGAUGUCAUUAUGUUUGAGUUUCCGGACAAAGAAGUCCAUGACUACUCUGGAGAAACUGAGAAUCAAGAACAAAGAACUGGAAAAGCAAUGGCUCCGCACAGCAGAGGCUACCAAAGAACUGGGAAAGCAAUGGCUCCGCACAGCAGAGGCUACCAAAGAACUGGGAAAGCAAUGGCUCCGCACAGCAGAGGCUACCAAAGAACUGGAAAAGCAAUGGCUCCACACAGCAGAGGCUACGACGGCUACUUAAAAAGAAAAAGAAGGUCAAUCAUAGAUACUCCCAGCUCCCCUCAGAAGCAUGCACAAGAUGGGAAAGCUCUCGUAGAUGAUGAUCUGAUUCCAAGUCCUGAACUUACUGAUUCUAAAAGCUGGGAGUUCUGGAAGAAGAAUGUUGAUGCUCCAAUGAACGAUGAGGAAAUGGAGUACAGUGCAGCUCUGUACUUUAAAUGCAAAAUGCAUCAGUAUCAGUAGCAAGCAACAUAUUUUUAUCGCAGAACAUUAUAUAUCUAUGUAGAACUGAGAAUAAUGAUGCCAGUACGAAAGUAGUCCUAUACAUAAAUAAAUAAUGUUAAACAAAU